AUGCCGAAUCCCCAGCCUGCCACGCUGGGUGCCCAGCCACAGGUGGUCCUGCCCUACCUCAUGCGAAUUCCCCCAAGCCUGCCACUGCGAGUGCCAAGCCAAGGGGUCCUGCCUCCUCAUGCCGACAUCCCCCAGCCUGCCACUGGUGCCACCAAGCGGUCCUGGCCUACCUCAUGCGAACCAGCCUCCACUGCGGUUGCCAGCCAAGGGUUCCUGCCUUUACUCAUGCCCCUGCCACUGACCGGUGCAGCCAAGGUGAUCCUGGCCUACCUCAUGCCGAAUCCCCAGACCUGCACUGCAGCGCCCAGACCAAGUGUCCAUGCCUACUCUGCCGAAUACCCCAGCCUGCCCACUGGCGGUGCCGCCAAGGGUCCUGACCUCACCUCAUGCCGAAUCCCCAGCCUGCCACUGAGGUCCAGCCAAGGGUCCUGUCCUACCUCAUGCCCAUAUUCCCCCAGCCUGCCACUGUCGGCUGCAGCCAGGGGUCCUGCCUACCUCAUGCCAAUGCCCCAGCCUGCACCACGGGUCCAGCCAAGGGGUCCUGCCUACCUCAUCGCGAAUCCCCCAGACCUGCCCACGGGUGCCAGCCAACGGGUCCUAGCCCUACUCAUGCACCGAACUCCCCAGCCUGCCACUGGGGUGCCAGCCAAGGCGGUCCCUGCGCCACCUCAUUGCCGAAUCCCCAAGGCCCUGCCACUGUCGUCCACCAAGGGGUCCAUGCCUACCGUCAUUGCCUGA